AUGCAUCUCUUCAAGUUUCGAGAGAAGCAGGGCAAAGACAAGGACAAGCCUGGAUUCAUGCGCAGGAUGUCCACCUUGGGGAAGAGCGGUUCGCCGAGUCGCGGGAGAAAAGCGAUGUUGAAUGCCGCCUUCCUGUCGGCCGCCCUUGCAGGGAAUGUCCGGUCCCUCGUCGGCGUCGAGCACUCCCAGGAUGGGUCGCUGCGCAAGUACAUGCCGCUCCACGAAAAUGUCAAGAAGCAUGUCCAGCACGUCUUCAGCAGCUUGAAUCAGGGCAAGAAGUAUGUGUCGCGCGAGAAGUUUGCCGCGUUCCUGAAAGAGACGCAGUGUGUCCAGAAAGACAUCCCGUUGACGCAGGACCGUUACAAUUUCCAAGAGUUCUAUCGAAUUUGGAGUAGCGUACGGGAGGCUUUCUGUGCGGUUGGGGCGAUACCUGCUCGCGAUCUCGACACAUCUCGCCCAAUCAGCAAUUACUUUAUCAGCAGCAGCCACAAUACUUACCUGGAGGGCAAUCAGUUGUCCUCCAAGAGUUCGGCUGAGGCAUAUCGCACUGUACUUCGGCGUGGAUGUCGGUGCAUCGAAAUCGACGUGUGGAAUGGCCCAACAACCCGCACACCAUCCAGAUCACCAGCCCAGGGGCGUCCAAGAAACCUAUCAGUGACAUCUAUCCCCCAAUUUGUUUCGACCACCAUUGGUGGUCUUCGGAGCCCCAAGGAAAGUGGGCACCUUCGCAGUCUUAGUGCCCAACCAGCCCUAGCAUCUCCGGACAAGGAAAACAAUUCUGUGCUCGACACUGGGGAGUUAUUCGAGCACGUUCAGAGGACUAGGGCUUCGUCAUCAUCAUCAUCGGGGUGCAGGACCGAGCCCGUAGUGCACCACCGGGGAACGAUGACAUCCACCGUUGGCUUCCGGGAAGUCUGCAAAGCGAUCCGUGAAAGCGCAUUUGUUGACAACCCCCUCCCCAUUAUCAUCAGCCUAGAAGUAGGUGCUGAGAAGGAGCAGCAGGAAGCAAUGGUGGAGAUAAUGAAGGAGGAGUGGAAUGACUUGCUUCUUGACAAACCUCUGGAAUUCUGCAACCCACACGAACAACAACCUCGAUUAGAAGAUCUGAAAAACAAAAUUUUGAUCAAGGUGAAGCGUUUGGAUGAGAGCAAACUCGCUGAAGCUGAAAGGGGGAGGAGUCGUGGUAUCAACCUUCGCGCCAAGCCUCCAAUAUGUGAAGCUCUUGCCGCCUUGGCCAUCUACACGCAUAGUGAGCAUUAUGAGGACGAACAUUCGCUCGGAUCGAGAACACCAAGUCAUAUCUUCAGCCUCAGUGAGGACUGCUUUUUGUCGUUGGCCGCAGACUCGCACAAGCUGCACAAGGUCCUCGCCCAUAAUCGCGACUUCUUGAUGCGGAUUUAUCCCAAAGGCCUGCGGAUUGACAGCAGUAAUCCAGACCCGAGUUUCCACUGGAGGAGAGGAGUUCAGAUGGUGGCCAUGAACUGGCAAAAGACCGACGAGGGGAUGAUGAUCAAUGAGGGAAUGUUUGCGGGUAGCAACGGAUGGGUGCUAAAGCCUGAAGGUCUCCUUGGAUACAGUUCUCCUGAAGAUGCACAGAACAUAGGACAUCGAGCCCUGGAUCUGCGCAUCACCAUUCUUGCUGGACAGUUCUUACCCCUGCCCAAGGACAGGAGGAAGACCGGCGGUUUCGGUAUUUCUGGAGACAGGAAGCUUCGCCCGAGGGUUAAGGUCGAGCUCCAUGCUGAAAAGCGGAGCAAGGCCGAGGACUUUGUGAGAGACACUGGGCCUGCAUCAACAGAGAAUCCGACUUGGGGGUAUCAGCCCAACAGCCUAGACUUUCUGGGUGUCAAGGACAUUGUGGAAGAGCUCAGCUUUGUUAGGUUUAAAGUUGAGGACGUCUACUCCCCUAUCCGGAGCAACCUAAUCGCUUGGGCCUGUGUUCGUCUUGAUCGUCUGCAGCCAGGGUAUCGCUUCCUUGAUCUCCUGGACCCCAAAACCCGCCAACCAGUUCCCGGACAACUGUUCAUCAAGGUUCAGAAAAAGUCUCAUAGCGUAUGA